AGGUUGUUCUUAUGCCGUGUUACGCUGAUACAAUCGUAAGAAUUAAGUACGUGAAGCAAAAUGUGAAGGAGAAUUCUGAUUUAUUGGUUGUAUGGGCUAUUGGUGCGUACCCUAUUGAACGCGAAGAUUAUGAUAUCGAAUUGGUUUUAUUUGUGCCGGUUAAUUCGAAUGAUAGAGAUUUUGAAACUCAAGCUAUUUUUAAGAAAGAUAAUUUCUUUUCUGUUGGAGGCAAGAUUGUGCCUGGGUACUAUAAUGGAAAUAAGAGAGCGAAGAUGACAGUUUCAUCGUCUACUCAAGUAACUAUUCUUAAAGCUGCUGAGUUUAAUAAAUGUCCUUUAAAGAUUUCUUUGGUUGGGAUUCCGCAAGAAAUGCCAAGUGAAGUUAAGAAUGAUAUUAUUGUUAGGGUUUUAGUAACUGACUAUGUUGGUGAGGAGUGUAAUUUUAUUGUAAAUGUUGUUUUUUCAUGUGAUAAUUCACGUUUUGCACAUGUUAAGGAUACUAUUCGUCCUCAAGAAUCAUUAGUUUUCGUAGUUGGGCAGAUGGAAAUUAUUGACAAUGAAUUUUAUGUUUCUCAAAGUUUUUCAACAUCUCAGAAUAAUAUUCGGUCAAAACUCCUGGCUACUCAUCAAAACAUCUCUGAAAAUUCUAAAGAUAAAUUAGAACGUGAAGCUAUAUCUUCAAUUAGUUCAGGUGAUUUUGUGUAUAAAUCUGAACCGAGCUGUUCUCAUCCAUUGAAACGUACGCGAAAUGAUAGUUUGGAUAAUUCUGUUGAAGAUUUAGUCGAUGUUGAACAAAUGGGUUGUGAAUCUUGUAAUUUGGAAAGUAAUAAUUUAGUUGAUUCUGAUCAGGAAGAAGAGAUCGAUAGGCCAGUUAAGAAGAGAGUUUCGCGUAGAAAGGGUAAACAAAGCGUAAAUUAA